UCCCGAAAAUUCCCCGUCCCGAAAAUUCCCCGUCCCGAAAAUUCCCAGUCCCGAAAAUUCCCAGUCCCGAAAAUUCCCCGUCCUGAAAAUUCCCCGUCCUGAAAAAUCCCCGUCCCGAAAAUUCCCAGUCCCGAAAAUUCCCUGUCCCGAAAAAUCCCAGUCCCGAAAAAUCCCAAUCCCGAAAAUUCCCAGUCCCGAAAAUUCCCUGUCCCGAAAAUUCCCAGUCCCGAAAAUUCCCUGUCCCGAAAAAAAUCCCCGCUCCCGGUCCCGAUAUUCCCAGGAUAAUUCCCGGUGCCGUUCCCGCUCCCGUUCCCGGAAUUCCCGGGACAAUUCCCGGUCCCAUUCCCGGAAUUCCCGGUCCAAUUCCCGGUCCCAUUCCCGGUCCAAUUCCCGUUCCCAUUCCCGGGACAAUUCCCGUUCCCAUUCCCGAUAUUCCCGGUCCAGUUCCCGGGACAAUUCCCGGUCCAAUUCCCGUUCCCAUUCCCGAUAUUCCCGGUCCCAUUCCCGGUCCGGUUCCCGGUCCAAUUCCCGUUCCCAUUCCCGAUAUUCCCGGUCCGGUUCCCGGUCCGGUUCCCGGUCCAAUUCCCGUUCCCAUUCCCGAUAUUCCCGGUCCAAUUCCCGUUCCCAUUCCCGAUAUUCCCGGUCCGGUUCCCGGUCCGGUUCCCGGUCCAAUUCCCGUUCCCAUUCCCGAUAUUCCCGGUCCGGUUCCCGGUCCGGUUCCCGGUCCAAUUCCCGUUCCCAGUCCCGAUAUUCCCGGUCCAAUUCCCGUUCCCAUUCCCGAUAUUCCCG